AUGACGUUAAGCUUGUCAAAGGUAAAAGAUGUCUAUUUUGACCAAUUGUUUCACUCCCAAAGACAUGGUGAUGGUGUGAAGAGCCACAAUAGUAAUAGUGGUGGUGGUGAUGGUUUUGGUGAGGUUGAGCAAAAGAGACCCAAGGUUCUUCUUCUCGACAAUUAUACCACCGCUGUGGUUUCAAUGUGUUAUACCCAGUCGCAAUUGCUUUCAAACGAUGUUAUCUUGAUCGAAUUAAUUGGUUCGUUUAAACACCUUUCUAGUAUGAAAAAUGUCGAUUGCAUAGUUUAUAUAAAACCAUGCACCGAGUCGAUUCAACUGUUGUUGAAAGAAUUGAAAGCGCCCCAUUACAAAACUUACAACUUGUACUUUAAUAAUACAGUCAGCAAGAACCAAAUCGAGCAGUUGGCCGAGGCCGACGAAUACGAAGUCAUUGAGAAGGUAAUUGAGUUGUUUCAAGACUAUUCUAUUUUGAAUAAUGAACUUUUUUUGAUCAAACCUGAAAAAAAUGUGGCAAACCCGGUUUUGCUGGAAGCUGAGAGUUUGACAAGUUUGCUUCUUGCAUUGAAGAAAACUCCUUUGAUUAAAUAUGAAUCGAAUUCAAUCGAUUUGAAAAGGCUCAGUUCGGAAAUCUUGUACAAUAUCAAUUCAAAUUCAAAUAAUAACUUGUUUGACGAUUUGAAUCGACAUUCAGAUAUCCCACCAAUCUUGUUAUUGUUGGAUCGAAAAAACGAUUCAAUAACUCCGCUAAUUACUCCAUGGACCUAUCAAUCGAUGAUCAAUGAGUUUUUGAAUAUCGAGAAAAAUGUAGUGAAAUUGCCCCCUGAUAACCAAGUCAUUCUUUCCCAAGAUGAUCAGUUUUUUAAAGAGUCAAUGUAUUUAAACUAUGGUGAUUUAACCGAUAAGUUUCAAAAAUAUGUUGAAAAGUAUAAAACUGAAACUAAACAAUCUUCAAUAGAGAAUCUCAAGUCACAGAAUUUAUCAGACUUGAAAAAGAUCUUGACAAAGUUCCCCGAAUACAAAAAGUUUUCCGUUAAUAUCUUAACCCACUUGAACUUGAUUAGUGAAAUAGAUGAACAAAUAUCACGACAGCUGUUGUGGGAAAUUGGAGAAUUGCAACAAACAAUAAUUUGUGAUUUAGAUCAACAACUGAAUAUUAAGCAGAAGUUGGUGGAAAUCUUGGAAAGUAAGAAAUACCUUACUGAACACAAGAUAAAGUUGGUGUUGCUCUACUCACACCGUUUUCAUAACCCAACCGAUUUAUCAUUAUUCAUCUCCAAACUAAACGACCCAACUUUCACUAUUCCAUCACCGACAAUGAAUCAACUCGAAUUGUUGAAAAAGUUUACAACACUAUUUAGAACUAAUGAUAUAGCUGCAGGGCAGAAACACCACCUGCAGCAACAGGGAUUGACUAAUCUCUUUGCCAAUAAAAGAGUCAAUAUCAAUAACAUAUUCAAUAGGCACUCGAAUGCUACUACUAAUGACAACAUUUAUUUGCAAUAUACACCAAGACUAAAUGAAAUCCUAGCAAGUCUAAUAAGCCCUGAAACCCAAUCUUCACAAACUUUCCUAGCAACAUUGAUUCCCGACAAAGUAAAACUGCAAUAUGGUAACAAUACUGAUUAUCUGGCUCGAGAUAUAAUUGUUUAUAUAAAAGGUGGUGUGACUUAUGAGGAAUCCAGAUUAGUCCAUGAGCUCAGUGCUAAUAACAAUAAAGUUAGUAUCAUUAUUGGUGGUGACGAAGUAGUGAACAGUUCACUGUGGUUGAACAAAAUGUGCAAUAUGGUUUCUCGCAAUGAAGAUCAAGAGCAAGCUUCUUCACCAACAACUGCGCAAGAUAGACAAGAGUUACUUCGUGAAGUAUUGUAA